AUGUCCGACGACGCGAGCUACACGGCGUUCCUCGAACGGGCCAACGCGCCCCUCCAGUCGCACCCGCCGACACACGAACAGGCGUCGUCGACGUCGGAGCGACGCACGCAGUUCGACCCCUCGACGUCGACGUCGACGACCGCCGCGCUGCCCGCGUCUCUCAGAUCCCUCCCGGACGUGACGUACACCUCGGACACCGACUCUCCAUUUGAGCCCGUGGCGUUCAACUACGCCGAUUCGGCGCUCCCCAGCGCUCAACAGUUCGAAAAGUGCCUGCGCCACAAGACCCCCCGGGACGCCGCGCCCGCCGUCGAGGAGCUGGAGACGUCCGCGUUCGACCCGCGGGGCGAGUACGAGGACAUCAUCGCGCGCGUGGAGCAGGCCGGCAUCGAGGGCGCCGGGGUAAAAGUGUUCCGUGUCGAAGUCAGCGCGACGAGAGUGGAAUAUUACAUCGUCACAGUGGGCGAGAACAUGUUGGUCGGUGUUGUCACGAAGGCCGUGGAGAGUUGA